UCUGGAUCUGUAAGAAUGACACUCUUGAACUGCUUGGAUUGGAGCCUCCUGACACCGGCGACCAAGGAGAUGGUUGCGCAGGCCGAGCAGCUGAAGGGCCGCUUUCAGGGUGAUCCUUCUUUUGAGUACAACUUCGCUGAGAUAAACCCACAAGCUGCUGAGACAUUGUUUGAAGGUGGUAAGGAGCCCGUGAUCAAGGAGGAGGCCCGCCUCAUAGCUACGAUAGAACAGAUAGACAGAGCAGUUGGUAUCGUCCCCCGGGGGGCAUUCGUGAAGACUCCUCUUGGGUCUGUGCAUGAAAACAGACACUUUGAAGGUCUGUCUUUGGUGGAGGCAAAAAAGUUAAGUUCCUAUUUCCAUUUCACUGAGCCUGUUAACCUGAAGAACAAAACCCUACUGGAAAAGGCUAACCUGGACCCAUCCACUGACUUUCUGGAUUCUCUGGAGCAUGAUAUCCCACCAGGCUCCUGGAGUGUCCAGCUAGAGAAGGGAGGUGCUGUGGUGGUGCUGCGGAGCCUGCUGUGGCUGGGACUGACGUUCUACCAUGUCCCAAUGACCAAGCAAUACGGCUACAUCUACUUUGGCACUGGUGAGAAGAACGUGGAUCUGCCCUUCAUGCUGUGACUCUCCUGUCUGCCACAAGGACUCAAGAACUAAAGAACAUUUUGAUUUUAUUGUUAGAUUUUUGUUUACUGCUUGUUCUAAUAAAUGUGUGAAACCUC